AUGGGCUCCAGCGGCCUGCCGCGCAGUGGCCUGGAGCUCGCCGCCCGCGCGGCGCUCGCGAGCCGAUCGGCGGGACGGCUCCGCCUUCGCGCCCAAGCGGUCGACGCGCCCGCUGCCGCGGAGCUGGGAACCGGCAUCCGAUCGGACUUCCCGGUGCUGGACCAGCGCGUGAACGGGAGGCCGCUGGUGUACUUCGACAACGCCGCGACAUCGCAGAAGCCGCUGGCGGUGCUGGAGGCGAUGGAGGGCUACUACAGGACCACCAACUCAAACGUGCACCGUGGGGUGCACGCGCUCAGUGCGCGGGCCACCGCGAUGUACGAGGCGGCGCGGGACCAAGUGGCGGCCUUCGUGGGGGCGGGCGAGUCUCGGGAGGUGGUAUUCACGCGGAACGCCAGCGAGGCGAUGAACCUGGUGGCCUACAGCUGGGGCAUGAGCAAUUUGCGGGAGGGCGACGAGAUCAUAAUAUCAACAGCUGAGCACCACAGCAACAUCGUUCCAUGGCAAAUAGUGGCAAAGAAGACAGGGGCACGCCUUCGUGCUGUCACCCUCACCAAAGACACCGAAGAACUGGAUAUGCAGGGAGCUGCUGAGCGACCACACGAAGCUUGUAUCCCUCUUCCACGUGUCCAACACUCUUGGGGCAGUGAGCCCAGUUGA